UUUAUAAUAAAAGGCCAUGGCAGCCUCUUCGACCGCGGUCGUAGAACUUGGCUUCGCCGAGCCACCAGAAAGUCCUCUUAUAGCCGAAAAUUUUCCUAGUAAAAUUGGAGGAAGGCCGGCAUGGUUAAAUCCAGAGCAUAUAUUAUUAGCAGAACAAGUUCGUUGUGAAGUUUGUUGUAAACCAAUGAUACUCUUGGUUCAACUAUACACUCCUGAGGAUUAUCCUCCCGAAGCAUUUCACCGUACUAUAUAUGUAUUUUGUUGUAAAAAUGGAUCAUGUCACAAAAUUUCUUGGAGAAAAAGCUUUAAAGUAUUUCGAAGUCAAUUACCCAAGAAUAACAUUUAUUGGCAAGAAAAUGAAUCAUCCCUUGAUAGUACUACUAAAAAGAAGUCACCUGCUAAGCAAUGUAUAGUUUGUGGAUUACUUGGAUCUAAAAUGUGCGGGAAAUGUAAUCAAGUUAACUAUUGUUCAAAAGAACAUCAAAUUGAACAUUGGACUUCCGGUCAACAUAAAAUUCACUGUAAUACAAUAUCAACAACAUCAAUUAUUGAAGAGCAUAACAACCAUUGUAGAAAAUUGGUUUUAUUUCCCGAAUAUGAGAUUGUUACAGAACAGGAAGGAAAAGAUCAAGAAGAGGAAGAAGAUUAUGGUGAAAGAGAUGGCGAUAAUAAUUCAUCUAACUCUAAAGCACUCGUUCCAGUUGGAGAUGAAGUUUAUGAAAAUACUGGUGUUGAUGUUGAUAAAGCAUUUUUAAAGUUUCAAAAGAGAAUUGAACCAUAUCCUGAGCAAAUAAUAAGGUAUAAUAGAAUUGAGUAUGAAAGUGAAAAAAAUCCCGAGCCUUUAUGGGUUAGUGAUAUCGAUAAACCAACUGUACAAGAUAUAAAUCCAUGUCCACACUGUGGACAAGAAAGAACCUUGGAAUUCCAGAUAUUAUCUACGCUUCUUAAUUAUCUUGAAAUUGAUCAUUUGCAACAAAGUUCACUUGAUUGGGGUACAUUAUUUAUAUAUAGUUGCAAAUAUAAUUGUCAUGUAGAAAACAUGUAUUACAUUAAUGAAAUUUUGUGGAGACAAAAUUUUAGCGAUGAUGGUCUGAAUUGGAAAAGAAAUCUAAAAUAACAUUAUAUUUUGUAUAGAUUGUAAAACAAAUAAAAGUCAAUUACAGUCAA